AUGCCCCUCUUCGCGUCCGGCCUCAGCACCCGCCACGAGCGACACCUGUCUCUCGACGCGCACUCCCCGUCCGCGCCCCGCGCGCCGUCUCCCCCCCCGCACGCCUCCGCGCGCUCUCUCCCUCGCUCUGUGAGCCCGCACAGGGAGGAGUCGCCGCUCAUGCAUGCUGCGCGCACUGCCGACCCCCCAUCAGAAUCAUCCUCCCCAGUCGCCUCAUCACCAUUAUCACCACCAGCAGCAGCACCUGCAGCAGCGACAGCAGCAGCAACAGCAGCAGCAGCAACAGCAGCAGCAGCGUGGUCGCGAGUGACAGCAGUGCUGGUGGCGCGGACGUUUCCCGGAGUGCUGGACCGAGGCAAGGGCUAUGCGCUGCUCUCCUCCGUGCUCGACGCCCACGCCCGCCCCCUGCACCACCACCACCUGCUGCUGCAGCAAUCCGCGCGUGGGGAAAAGGUGGGCGGAGGGGGAGAAGCAGGGGAAGCAGCACACGGAACAGAAUCAUCAGCUGUUACAGCUACUAGCAAGGACUCGAAACUCGACGACGCUGCGUUGCAAGCAGAGCUUCAUCUGGGAGCGCUUGCAGCGCACCUGCGCGCGCCGGCAGCAGAAGAGGAGCCGCUGCUGCUGUAUGCGGACGCGCCUAGGGCGUACCUGGUGCAGCCUGCCGGGCCAGAUGCGCAGGCAGAACAGGAGAUGAGGGAGAUGAAGGAGCAGUCAUUGCGGCAGUUGGAAGAUGAACUGGAUAUGAUCAAUGAGCUUAUCUGCCAGGAGGAGGCGGAGGAGAAAGAGGCGCAGGAGAAGCAGGCGCAGGAGCGGGGAGGAACCGCAGCCUGCGGAGAUGAUAAGCCACAGCGUGGGGAGUUUGUGGGUAGGGUGCCUGUGCAGAUGGAGGGUGGGCACGGCGAGGCAGUGCUGGAAGGGAAGAAGGGCUGGUCCGCGAGUUACUAUCCCGCACAGAACCAUUCUCAAUCGCUCCAUUACCACCAGCUGCAGCAGCAGCAUCAAGGGCAUCACACCGACCCUGUUCUCUGCUCACAUCCGUUGCAGGCGCUGCUGCCAGAGCUGCAGGAGGGAGGAGAGGAAGCAGCAGGUGGAAACGAGGGAGGGAGACCACUGAGAUGCCUCUCAGAGCUGGAUGCAGGCGCAGCUCCUUUGGAAUCCUCUGAAAUCCAUCACAACCGCUCUCUCAGCGCGAAAUCCAACUCCGAUGUUUUCCCCAAGCGGCUGGGAAGUGAGUGGGGGAAGGUUCUGAGAAAAGGAUGGUCGGUGGAGCUACUUCCUGGUUCAGUGGCCACCCUCACUGCUGCUGCUGCUCUUGGGGGAGGCACCACAGCCACUGCUGAAACCGCUGGGUGCGUGGGUGGUGCUGCUAAUGCACCUGGAGGCAGCGCUGGUGCUGCAGGUGGGAGCGAUGGCAUGGAGAACCAAGACCCGAAGCUCCUCUCACGGCCGUCGCACCCGCACUACCAGCACCUGCUCCCCGCCACUGCCACUGCCACCUCCCCAAGCUGGUCCCACCACCUCGGCCGCUCCCUCAAGCUCAACCCAGACCUCUCCCGCGUCUCUCCCGCUGAGUCCUUCCCUUCUGACGACACUCCCCACGCGUCCUUCUCAUUUUCCUCUUACCUCCCCUCCUCGUCCACCCCUGGGGUUGCUGCGGCUUGUCGCGGGGAAUCAGAGGUCACGUGCUCUGCUGCUGCUGGCUCAGGGACUGAGGGCCUGGCGGCUGCUGCAGCGGCAGCGGCAGCGAGGCGAGGAGUGGAAGGAGGGGAGGGCAGGGAGCAAAACUCCGGAGAGGUGCGGAGGCAGUUUGUGGAUCUGAUCUCUCGUUGGACCGAGGGGCCGCUGGCUGCUGCUGCUGCCCUGGGAGGCAGGAUACGCGGGGGGGAGGGUAGCUGGCGGAGAGCUGGGGGAGAGGGGGACGAUGAUGCUGCGAGUGGGGAUGUGGAGGAUGCGAGGGUGAAGCGAGGGAACUCGGGGUCGAUGUUUGGGUUGGGUAGGAGGAUGCGAGGGGAGGAGGGUAGUGGAGGAAGGGGUGGGAGUGAGGCGCCGCACCGGAAGAAGCAAGGCGUGUGUGAGAUCACGGAGGAGGUGAGCGGAAGCAGUAGUGUGGAAGCGGCAGCGGAUGCAGAAUCAGAGGCUGCGGCGGCAGCAGCAGCAUGCUCAGUGCUGGCAGCUGCUAUGAGGGGAGUACAGCCAGACCCUCACAUGAUACUGCCCCACACGGCCCACACUGCACAGCAGCAACAAGAGCAGCAGCAUGCGAGUAUGCCCCAGCAGCAGCAGCAGCAGCAGCAAGAGGCGGAGAGGGUGAUGGUGGCAGAGAUUCAUUCGCUGCUGACAGGACUGCAGCAGCACAAGGGCAGCAAGUCGCUGCUCAUGCCGCACUCCCCUGGAACCACACUCCCGGCCGCACAGGCAGCUGCAGGAGAGGGCAUGGGGAGGGAGACGGGUGAUGGGGUGAAGGAUGCAGCAGUGUAUAUAGACGUGGGGGAGGAACCCUUGAGGCAAGCGCGUGGGGCGUCUGAUGCUCACAGCAAGAACUCCCUUGCUGCAGGAGCCCGUGCGUCGGCCUCUUCUCGCAGGCAAAUGUUUUACAAGUGUGCCAUCGUCACCGUGCUUAUAGGCAUCAUCGUCUGCGCCUGCUUCUUCAUCGGAUGGAUUGCACCACAGCAGAACAGCCCAUCACCAUGGCAUCGCAUCGCGCAUCGCCUGCUCCACCAGCAUUUCAGACUGGAUAAGUUGUAUGGUCCGAACUUGCCGGCCCGCAAUCAACGCUCACCUCAACAUUACCUCACUUCAUCCUCUCGUUCAUGCCCGUUCCGCACCUUCCGUUGCGUGCGCCCGCCCCCCGCGCGCGCAAUGACCGGCUCGCGAGGUCGCGGUAGCGUCGGCGCGUUUCGCGCGCGGAGCAACGGCGCGGCGCUGCUGCCGCUAGUCGCGGUGAUUGUCCUGGGAUCCGUUCUUCCAGUCGCGCCGUCCACCGACGCUCCGACACUGCACGGUGCGGAUCGCUGCGCACUCAUCCAACGGCAGCCUGUCCGUGCCAAUUCAGAAUCGUUUGCUUCCCUCUCGCUCCUCGUUCCCCUCCCCAUCGCGAAAAUUGCCUACCCCGCUUGUUCCCGUUACCCGCUCUCUACUUCCUUCCCCCCCUUCCCCGCGCGCUCCUCUCGCGUUCCAGAGUGCGACUCGUCGGACCCGCUACACUCGCCCCUCGCGCGCUCCGCGGACCACGCGCGCCGCUACCACCGCCCGCCGCACCUGUGCUGGAGCAAGGCGGAGAUCCCGUGCUACGCGGGCAGCCAUGGCAUGGCGGAGCGGUCCGAAACUCUCAAGCGCAAGCUGCGCGCGUACCACGAGUACCGGCGCGACUGCGACGCCAAGGAAAACAUCACGUCGCUAAAGUCUAAGCUGCGCGGGGCGAACGCGACGCAGUGCAAGUACCUGCUAUGGCACUUCAGCCCCGGGGAUGGGCAGGGGAACCAGUACAUCUCGCUGGUGUCCGCGUUUGUGUACGCGCUGCUAACGAACCGCGUGUUUCUGCUGCUGACGGAGCGCGGGCCAGGGAAGCUGAUGUGCCAGCCGUUUGAGGGCGCGCCGUGGUUCGUGUUCUCAGACGUGAAGGGCGAGCUGUGGGACGCGGAGGUGCUGCACAUCAAGCUCGCGUAUCCGUACUUUCAAGAGCGCGUCAAGGCCAUGCAGAACGGCACCAGUGACACCAUGCCCUUACCCAACGUAGCGAACAUCAACCUACAGCACAACAUGGCCAACACGAGCAUCUUCUUCUGCGAAUCAGAACAGCAAUGGCUCGCACGCGUGCCCUCCCUCCUGCUCCGAUCCAAUCAAUACUUCCUCCCAGCCCUACUCUACCACCCCUCCUUCCGCCGCCACAUCCGCGACCUCUUCCCUUCCGGUCGCAUCUUCCAGACUGUCUCGCAGCUCAUCAUGUUCCCCAACAACCGCCUCUGGGCGGCCAUAACGGACAACAUUCACCACCGGGUAGCGCCGGCCGCGGCCCGGGUGGGGCUGCAGCUGCGGCAGAGCAGCGAGGGGAUUAUCGCGCAGGCUGCAGAGUGCAUAGUGCAGGUCAUGCAGGGGGAUGUGGUGGCGGCGGCGAGACGAGAGAGGGAGAAAGGGGAUGGGGAGAGGGAGGCGGGAGUCGAGCCUGGUGGGGUGGGGGCAGGGGGAGGAGGCGUGGGGGAAGAGGGUGAGGGUGGUGCAGCGGUGGGCGGUGGAGGGGGGGCACUGAAUGGGACGGGGGAAGCAACGGCGUAUGGUAUGGGUGUGGCGUCAGAGGAGGGGACCGCUGCUGCUCUUGCGGUCGCUAGGGCUUUAGAAGUAGGGGGGGCGCCUGCUGCUGCUGCUGCUGCCGCUGCUGAGGCUGCUAGGGGAGGCGAGAGUGGCAGCAUGAGUGACAGUGGAGGGGGUGUGAGUGCGUCAAGCAGCUCGACUGUGGUGCUUAUCGCUGCUCUGAAUGAGUUUGCCCCGUACAACCUCUCCCUGCUGCUCUUCCCCAAUGCUUCAUCCUCCCCCCCACUCACUUACACCAAGAUUGUUGUCACAGACAGCCCUGACAACGCCACUACUGACAACAGCACCAGUGCUGCAAUCCCCACCAGUACAGGGACCACUACCACCACUGCCACCACCACCAACAGCAGCAACAGCAACAUCACCAGCAGCAGCGAUGCAGCAUUGGAUCUCACCCCAGUGAGCACCGUCGCCAGCAUCCCCCCCAGCAGCAGCACCAUCACCAACAGCACGAUCAUCAGCAACGGCACCUUCUCCCUGGACCGGCUCACCACAGAGACAUCUCAAACGGGCCUAGACGCCGAGCUACAGCACGCCAUCAUAGACAUAUACACCGUCGCCCUUGCCUCAGACACCAUUCUCGUCUUCCCUGCGUCCACCUUUGGGUACCUCCUCUCGUCGCUCUUCGGCCGCCCUGCCUUCUUUGCGGCCAAGACCUGCCAGGAAGCCCCUUUGGAACCCUGCUACCACCACCCACCCCAGCCGCACCAGUGCCCGGGCGGGCUGCAUGUGGGAGGGCCGCCGUUCAAUGAGUCGGACCCGGAGCUUCCGUUUGCCAGGUGCCCAGAUGCUUCGGGCGGGCUCUUGCUGUUGUAUAAGAGACCACCGUAG